CACAGUUAGUUAGUGGGCCAAAAGUUUGCAUUUUAAUUACGAACAAAAUUUGCGAGAUUAAUACAAUUUGUAAACUAUAAACUAUAAUAAUAUCAUUUUUUUUUUGUUCAUUAUUGUAUUCAUAAUUGGUUAGCUUUAUUAAAUAGUCUUUAAGAACCGCCUCAAUUCUUUCAUUUUCAUCAUAAUUGUUGAGAACGGUUUUCUGAUGCGAGUUACCAUACCAGUGUUUGAAAUCGUUCUUUGUAAUUAAAUCUAUUUUGCACCUAGAUUUAUUUUACAAAAUAACGUAGACUUUUUUUGUUUUGGAUAUGUCCAGUCAACAGUACGACGACAUGGAAGUUACAGCUGAAAAGGAAUUAGAAGCAUUAAUAGUUGCUAGUCAAAUGGAGUCAAAUUUUGACAUAGAUAAAAUACUGAAUGAUAAAGCAAAGAAGAGAAAGUUUACUAAAACAAAUGUCAAAAAUCUUAUCAAGAAUGUAAUUACAAAUGCUGAUGUUGCUACAAUGUUGCGUCAAACUUUAGAUGACAAUAUAGACGGAAAUUGCUUAUAUGAACCAAAAUUUACAAGAGCAAAAAUAAGAGAAAUGUUAAAUACUUAUCCAACUUCUGCUCAUCAAUGGUCUACAAACCAGCAACAAUCUAUCUUAUCAGAAUGUACAUCAUUGAUUGAAAAAGAAUUUCCUGAUGAUUCUGAAGAUGAAGAGUAUCAUCCAGACAAAAUGUUUGAGGAAGAAGAAGAUGAAGACGACGAUGAUGAAUUUAAAUUAAAAGAAAUUAAUAAAUCAUUUGAAUCAGAAAAUGAUCCUGAAACCAAUGAUAAUAAAACUAUAGCUGAUUUAAAUGAAAAGGAAACAAUUGGAAUGCGUACAAGGUCAAAGUUUUCUUUAAAUGAUACUCCAUUAGAAAUAAUUGAACAAGCUUUCAUACCACCAGAUAUUACUGAGGAUAUGUAUGAUUCAGCUUGUGAAAAUGAUGAAUGGAUAGAGUUUCUUAGUGAAUUUACAAAGCCUUUAGAGUUGGUUCAAAAUGAUGACGGCGAAGAUGACCCAGAAUAUAAUGUUCUUGGUGAUGAUGAUUUUACUAAUGUUGAUAAAGAAGAAUUUCGUAUUGAUAAAUCAGUGAAAGUCACACGUAAAGAGUAUAAUGAUUUAAUGAAUGAAUUGAACGAAUUUACUGAAAGCUUCCUCGAAUUCAAUGGUGAAGAAACAUUAGAAACUCCUACCGAUAUUAUAGAAAUUGAUAAUGAUAAGAAUGCUGUUAAACCUAAAAAUGAUAGUCAAUCUAUUCCUGUUCAUGCCUGUAUUCAAAAUAAUUAUGAUUGGAAAUCAAGUACUACUAGUAGUACUUUAAAUAAUAAAAACGCUGUUAAACGUACAAAUUGUCAAUUGAAUCCAGUUUUUAUGUUAAAUUGUUCUAAUUCAAAAUCGAUUACCAAUUGCUCUACAAACAAUUAUGCAGAACCAAUAGAAGUGGCCACUUAUAACACACAAAUAGAUAAACAAUUUAAUGUUUCAGAGUUAAAUAAUAGUUUACUUAAUAUCAAUGAACAUCUUGAAAAGCGUAGUUGUAUACUUCCUUUACCAACAGUUAAAGAAAAUUCUCAGUUAGGCAUUGAACAGCACAAUACUAAUGAAGACAUUUCUGUGAUAACAAAUAUAGUUCCUCAAAUUGUAAAUAUUAGUCAAGUAAAUAUAAUGACACAAAAACAAAUUAUUUUAUUUAAACAACAACUCACACAACAUGUUCAAUUAAUAACUCAAAAUUACUUAUUAAGCUCAAUGUCAAAAAAGUAUCAAAAUAAUUGCAGAAAAUUUAAAGCUAUGUUGGAACAAGUAAAAGAAUUUUGUAAAGAUAAAAAGUAUGUGCCAAUUAAUAUACAUCCUUCUUUAAAAUUUAUUCGAGAUUGGACUGAAGUUGUAACCAGAGAAAAGGAUAUUAAUAAUGGCUAUGUUGUACUACCAUUACAUGUGAAAGAGUUUAUGCUAUAUUAUGAUAAACCUGUGUUUAUCUAUCCUCAGUUGUUACCAACAAGAACUUACCAUCAUGAAAUUGUAAAUCAUCCUAUAGGAUCUUCAGAAGAAAAACUUUUGGUAUUAAAAAUUGAUUAUAUUUAUAAGAAGUUGAAAGAAAGUGCUAACACUCGAGCAAAAUACAAAAAACAUAAUUUAUCCGACUUGUUGCCAAUGAUAUUAAAAACUGUACAUAGGAGAUGGUUUUCAAACAGAACUAUAAGAUACUUAAGGCAAUUAAUAACAAGACGGAAAAAUUCUUUUGAAAUGAAUGUAAUUAAGAAUUAUUUAAUACAUGGUAAAAUUGAAGAAUCUUCUUAUGUAAUUGACAUUAAAGCUCUCUUUACGAAAAAACGUUUAUACGAGUGUGAUGUUCGAAAGUUUCCAUCAAGUUGGAAAUCAAUUAGAAACCAAUUAAAGUUAAGAAAAUAGAAUUUUUCCUUUUUUUUUUUAUCUUUUUCAAAUUAAGCUCUUAAAUAAUAAGUCCAGGAUUAACUACUAUUAUAUUUAUUAUAUUAUUAUUAUUCUAUUAUUAAAAUAAAAACAAAUAAUUGAUUAGAAUAUUAUAUUUUUAUUCUAUAUUUUGAUGAAAAUGUUAAAUCUUAAACAUAGGAUAUUACUUUUUUUUUUUUAUAAGAUUUUAAAAUGUUAUUCCUCUUGUUCAUUCAUUUUACAGGUGUUAUCUCUAGAAAACAUGGUUAAUAGCCCCUUUUAUUUUGAUUUGUACCCAAAUUUUAUAGGCGUAAUAUAUAUAUUUUACCUGAAUUAUAAAUUAUCAUAUCAUAAUGAUGUUGUACACUCUAACUAGGUUACAUGUAUGGCCUAAUAGAAAAGUAAACCAUUUUGCGUAUGCAGACCAACUGCAGUGACUUACUGUACAAGAAAAAUCAUUUUUGGUACAUAAAUAGAUUAUAUAGCUACCUAUACCAAUACUAUAACAUAUAUAUUUAAUUAAAUGAUUAACGUACAUGUGUUAUCGUAUCAGUUAUGUACAUAGUAUCUACAUAUUAUAUAUUAUAUAUCAAAAUUAAAUAAA